CACGAAUUCGUCGAGUGAUCUCCGUCUCUCUCUCUCUUGUACGGAAACCGUCGAAAGUGCGGUCGUUCUGAUUAUUCAACAAGUUUUAUUUUUUGUUAUUCCCAAUUUGUGGGUUGGUGCUUCUCCCUACAAGCUAUAUUUUACCAGUAAUAUCACAAACAAUGGCAGCCCUUGUCCACGAAAAAGUUUGGCUGGAUAAAUCCAUCUACAGUGAUGCUGAGAAAAAUUAUUAUGAGUCUCUAUCCAAGGGGGGAGUUACUCCACUAGCGUUAUCUCAAUCGUCUUUGGCCAAUGAAGUGGCAAAAGCGAGACAGCACAUCAAAAACUCUCUAGAAUGUAUGGAUAAUGUGGCAUCAUUAGCUGGAGUUCCUAACACUGAAAUAAACAGCAAAAUUAUCAGCUUAGAGAAGGAGAACUGUGAUCUGAAAAAGGCUAUAAAUGAUCUUCGUAACUUGGUCAUCAGCCUGCAGGCUCGAGUUGAUUCCCUAGAGAACAAGGGUGAUAACAAGCCUGAAGCACCUAAGCCCAAGGCAGCAGCAGCACCUGUGAAGCCAGCAGCAGAGGCUCAGGAUUCAGAUGAUGGAGUGGACUUGUUUGGAUCUGAUGAUGAAGAGGAGACCGCAGAAGCAGCUAGAAUAAGAGAGGAACGCCUAGCUGCUUACAAUGCCAAAAAAGCUAAAAAACCGGUGCUCAUUGCAAAAUCCAAUAUUAUCUUGGAUGUAAAACCAUGGGACGACGAAACCGACAUGGCAGCUUUGGAGAAAGAAGUUAGAACCAUCGCCACUGAUGGUCUUCUGUGGGGUGCUGCGAAACUCGUGCCAUUAGCUUAUGGUAUCCACAAGCUGCAAAUUUCUUGUGUUGUUGAGGACGACAAGGUGUCAGUGGAUUGGUUAACUGAAGAAAUUGAGAAAUUUGAAGAUUAUGUUCAAAGCGUCGACAUCGCUGCUUUCAACAAAGUUUAACAAAAAGCUAAAACUCCGUUAAAUAAUUCAAUAUUUUUCGUAACAUAA